AAAAAAUCCCCGGACCGCUCCGGCCGUGUCCGCCGCCGCUUCCCGCAUCCUCUCCCGCCGCCGCCGCCUUCGCUCCUCACCAUGUGUAAGGCGGCGGGGAGCCCCGCCUGAGGUGCCCUAAACACACUAUGACCGCUCCCGAAAAGCCCGUGAAACAAGAGGAAAUGGCUGCCUUGGACGUGGACAGCGGCGGCGGCGGCGGCCACGGCGAGUAUCUGCAGCAGCAGCAGCACGGAAACGGCGCGGUGGCGGCGGCGGCGGCCCAGGACACUCAGCCGUCACCGCUCGCUCUGCUGGCCGCUACCUGCAGCAAGAUAGGGCCACCGUCGCCGGGCGACGACGAGGAGGAGGCGGCCGCCGCAGCCGGGGCCCCCGCCGCCGCCGGAGUGACAGGUGAUUUGGCUUCUGCACAGUUAGGAGGAGCACCAAACCGAUGGGAGGUUUUGUCAGCCACACCUACAACUAUAAAAGAUGAAGCUGGUAAUCUAGUACAGAUUCCAAGUGCUGCUACUUCCAGUGGGCAGUAUGUCCUUCCCCUUCAGAAUUUGCAGAAUCAGCAAAUAUUUUCAGUUGCACCAGGAUCAGAUUCAUCAAAUGGUACAGUGUCCAAUGUUCAGUAUCAAGUAAUACCACAGAUUCAGUCAUCAGAUGGUCAGCAGGUUCAGAUUGGUUUCACAGGUUCUUCAGAUAAUGGGGGUAUAAAUCAAGAAAGUGGUCAAAUUCAGAUCAUUCCUGGCUCUAAUCAAACCUUGCUUGCCUCUGGAACACCUCCUGCUAAUAUCCAGAAUCUCAUACCACAGACUGGUCAAGUCCAGGUUCAGGGAGUUGCAAUUGGUGGUUCAUCUUUUCCUGGCCAAACCCAAGUAGUUGCUAAUGUGCCUCUUGGUCUUCCAGGAAAUAUUACCUUUGUACCAAUCAAUAGUGUCGAUCUAGAUUCUUUGGGACUCUCGGGCAGUUCUCAGACAAUGACCGCAGGCAUUAAUGCUGAUGGACAUUUGAUAAACACAGGACAAGCUAUGGAUAGUUCAGACAAUUCAGAAAGGACUGGUGAGCGGGUUUCUCCUGAUAUUAAUGAAACUAAUACUGAUACAGAUUUAUUUGUGCCAACAUCCUCUUCAUCACAGUUGCCUGUUACUAUAGACAGUACAGGUAUAUUACAACAAAAUACAAAUAGCUUGACUACUACUAGUGGGCAAGUCCAUUCUUCAGAUCUUCAGGGAAAUUAUAUCCAGUCGCCUGUUUCUGAAGAGACACAGGCUCAGAAUAUUCAGGUUUCUACAGCACAGCCUGUUGUACAACAUCUACAACUUCAAGAGUCUCAGCAGCCAACCAGUCAAGCCCAAAUUGUGCAAGGUAUUACACCACAGACAAUCCAUGGUGUGCAAGCCAGUGGUCAGAAUAUAUCACAGCAGGCUUUGCAAAAUCUUCAGUUGCAGCUGAAUCCUGGAACCUUUUUAAUUCAGGCACAGACAGUGACCCCUUCUGGACAGAUAACUUGGCAAACAUUUCAAGUACAAGGGGUUCAGAACUUGCAGAAUUUGCAAAUACAGAAUACUGCUGCCCAACAAAUAACUUUGACGCCUGUGCAGACACUCACGCUUGGUCAAGUUGCAGCAGGUGGAGCCUUGACUUCAACUCCAGUUAGUCUAAGCACUGGUCAGUUGCCAAAUCUACAGACAGUUACAGUAAACUCUAUAGAUUCUACUGGUAUACAACUACACCCCGGAGAGAAUGCUGACAGUCCUGCAGACAUUAGGAUCAAGGAAGAAGAACCUGAUCCUGAAGAGUGGCAGCUCAGUGGUGAUUCUACAUUGAAUACCAAUGAUCUAACACACUUAAGAGUACAGGUGGUAGAUGAAGAAGGGGACCAACAACAUCAAGAAGGAAAAAGACUUCGAAGGGUAGCUUGCACCUGUCCCAACUGUAAAGAAGGUGGUGGGAGAGGUACCAAUCUUGGGAAAAAGAAGCAACACAUUUGUCAUAUACCAGGAUGUGGUAAAGUCUAUGGGAAGACCUCACAUCUGAGAGCUCAUCUGCGUUGGCAUUCUGGGGAGCGCCCUUUUAUUUGUAACUGGAUGUUCUGUGGUAAAAGAUUUACUCGAAGUGAUGAAUUACAGAGGCACAGAAGAACACAUACAGGUGAGAAGAAAUUUGUUUGUCCAGAAUGUUCAAAACGCUUUAUGAGAAGUGAUCACCUUGCCAAACAUAUUAAAACACAUCAGAAUAAAAAAGGUAUUCAUUCUAGCAGUACAGUGCUGGCAUCUGUGGAAGCUGCACGAGAUGAUACUUUGAUUACUGCAGGAGGAACAACACUUAUCCUUGCAAAUAUUCAACAAGGUUCUGUUUCAGGGAUAGGAACUGUUAAUACUUCCACCACCAGCAAUCAAGAUAUCCUUACCAACACUGAAAUACCUUUACAGCUUGUCACAGUUUCUGGAAAUGAGACAAUGGAGUAAAUAUUACACAAAUACUUAUUCAUUGUGGUUAUUUUUAUACAGUAGUGAGAAGAACAUUGUUCCUAAGUUCUUAGAUAUCUUUUUAUUGAUGUGCAAAAAUUUUUGGAUUGACAGUAACUUGGUUAUACAUGACACUGAAAUGCCUUACUUUGUAUGAUAUUCCAUAGUAUAUUAAAAAUGGUAAAAUUGCAUGGGUUUUGUAGGUACUUUUGGAAUCUAGAAGAAAUGAAAUUUUACCAAGUUAUAUAAAGAGAAAAUUGAAUUUAACAAUGCGAAUGGUAGUCUAACCAAAUGCAUCAAUCCUGUGUGGUUUAGUGUAAAAAUGAGAACAUGUUGGUAUUUAUCUAUUGUAAGAUAAAAAAAAAAGUUGGUGGGUGAAAGAAAUCAUGUUAUGAUAAAAAAAAUUUUUGUAAUUUUCUUGAUGACUGGAAUUUUUAUUAUGCAUAACUGACAAAUCAAGUUUCCAAGCAAAUGUUACAUAGUGUAGGCUUUACUUAGCUUAUCAAUUUGUCAUUUUGAAGCUAAUUAUUUUAAUUAGGUUAACUAUGUACAAUAUUUUAAGCAUUACUCUUGUAAGAUUUUGAAAACUACAUUUUAACAUGGAACUCUAGGGAUAGUCACCUUUUAAAUCCUGUUGAAAAGCCAUGUUUAAGAUUUAAUUUGCCAAAAUAAUGUCUUGUUAAUAUUCUUUCAAUAACGAAGUUGGGCAAUAUAACCAAUGUUUAAAAAAGUUUAAAAUGUAUAGGUUGAGGCAUUUGGGUGGUAAGAAAAUGUUAUAGUGAAUUAUCCCUUUUCUUGAGUAUUGGAGGACCAAAAAAAUAAGGUGUUAUUGCGUCUUAGCAGUGAUUUUUUUUUUUUUUUUUGAAUCCAAUUUUGUUUCCAAAAACCACAUGUCUGCCAGGGCCUUAAAAGCCAUCAUGUAAAUUACCAGUAAAGUAUAACAUAUGCAAACAUAACAAAAUCACUUCCAUAGUGACGAUACUCCAACCAUAUGGAUAUUAGUCAUAGAGAACUAGAGGUUUUAUGAUAUUUUUUUAAGUGUUUUUUUUUUGUUUGUUUUAUUUUUGGUCUAGGUAGUCAGUCUGCACUUAAAUAUCAACCAUUUUCCUUUUUUGCUUUUUCCCUUAAAAUUUAUAUGUAUCCAGUACAUUUAAUUGAGAAAUGUAUGUUUUUUAUUAUGCUGUAUUUUCUUUUUAUUUUUUAAUUAUUGUUUAUAUUUUCAAUUAUUAAAAAAUGUACAAAAUAAAGUUUCAUUGCUGGUCUUGUAAGAGCUAUACAAUUUUCCAAAAUGUAUACCUAUAACUGCAGCAGUUCACUUAUUUCAAAAAUUUGGGAUUCUGUUCAUUUGUUAUUCUUAAGACCACCUCAAAUUUAAAGGCUACCUUAUUGUACGUUUAAAGUGUAUUAUAACAGUGUGGUAGUUAAUAAAACACUAUUUUUUUUUCUUUUGA